AUGCGCGCGCGGUGUGGUAUUGCUAGCCGGCGACCGUCGAAGCAAGGGCAGCGAGGAGCAGUGGAAAGGCGGCGGACUGGGAAUAACGAGGUCAUAGGUUCGGUCCCCGCCCUGUGCAAAAUGUUUUUGCAAUUUUUCCCUUUUUUGAAACCUUCGUGUAAGAGCUCCUUUCUUGAGUUUUGAAGCGUAGAAACAUGAGAAAACUUCGUUUUGAACCUUUAUAAACAUCUGGACUUCUUUUUGUCGCAAAUUUUUUUCAUGGAUUUUUUCGUGAUUUUCCAUGUGUAUUUCCAUGAGCAUGGGUUGGAGUAUGAAAAUUUUCGAAAAAAAUGUUUUUGUUUUUUUCGUUUCGAAAGUUGCACUAGUCCAAGUAAUCAUGACUACGCUGUCAAAAAUCACAGAAAAAAAUUUUUUUCACUUCCAAAAAGAUCUUUUUAGGUUCCAGUGACUUAUGUGCCAUGAUUGCCUUUUUGUCGAAAAAAAGUUUAUUUCCACGACUGUCCCGAAAUCAAAAAGAAGGAUAAUGCUCGAAUAUAAAAAUAAAUUAAUGCCUUAAAAAGUUUUUAUAUUAAUUCUGAAAUUUCACUCUCGACAAAGUCUGACUGGAAGGUAAACUUUCAAAAAUCUCAUGGUAAAGAAUUUAUUUAGAAGAUCACAGUUCUAGUUGUAAAAAUUUAGUAACUAGAAGGAAGUUCUUCACAAGUUGCAAAAAGCUGAAAAAAACUUGCUUUUUCUUUCAUUCUCAUAGGCCGUAUUUGCGCGGUGAAGUCUGAAAAAAACCAUGAAAAAAUUUUUCUGUGAGUUUUGACAGCGUAGUCAUGAUUACUUGGACUAGUGCAACUUUCGAAACGAAAAAAAACAAAAAAAAACUUUUCGAAAAUUUUCAUACUCCAACCCAUGCUCAUGGAAAUACACAUGGAAAAUCACGAAAAAAUCCAUGAAAAAAAUUUGCGACAAAAAGAAGUCCAGAUGUUUAUAAAGGUUCAAAACGAAGUUUUCUCAUGUUUCUACGCUUCAAAACUCAAGAAAGGAGCUCUUACACGAAGGUUUCAAAAAAGGGAAAAAUUGCAAAAACAUUUUGCACAGGGCGGGGACCGAACCUAUGACCUCGUUAUUCCCAGUCCGCCGCCUUUCCACUGCUCCUCGCUGCCCUUGCUUCGACGGUCGCCGGCUAGCAAUACCACACCGCGCGCGCAUUCUCUUAUGUUCGGCGGGGCUUUGAAAAAUCAUAUCUAG